UUUGGGAAUUUUAGAGGGUUUUUCAGUUUUGCUGCCACUGCACCUUCAACUGAAGUUAUCCCAGAAAACCUGCCUAAGCAAAUCCAUGAGAUCAAGGACUUCCUUCUCAUUGCUCGAAGGAAGGAUGCACGAUCUGUGAAAAUUAAGAGGAGCAAGGAUGUCGUGAAGUUCAAGGUUCGGUGCUCCAAGUAUCUUUACACACUGUGUGUGUUCGACUCUGAGAAGGCUGAGAAGCUGAAGCAAUCCCUCCCACCAUGUUUGAGCGUGCAGGACCUGUAG